AUGGAGCUGAGUCUGGAGAGCCUCGGGGGGCUGCACGGCGUGGCCCACGCGCAGGCGGGCGAGCUGCUGAGCCCCGGCCACGGGCGCCCCACCGCAGCGCAGCACCGGAGCCUGGUGGCGCCCGGACGCCCAGGCCUGGUGGCCGUGGCGGCGGCAGGGGCGCACGGGCCACACACUGGCGGCGCUGGCAGCGGCCCCGGCGGAGGCGGAAGCGGCCCGGGCGCGGGAGCGGCGGCCGAAGAGAUCAACACCAAGGAGGUGGCGCAGCGCAUCACCGCGGAGCUCAAGCGCUACAGCAUCCCGCAGGCCAUCUUCGCGCAGCGCAUCCUGUGCCGCUCGCAGGGCACCCUCUCCGACCUGCUGCGCAACCCCAAGCCCUGGAGCAAGCUGAAGUCCGGCCGCGAGACCUUCCGUAGGAUGUGGAAAUGGCUCCAGGAGCCCGAGUUCCAGCGCAUGUCUGCGCUGCGCCUCGCAGCCUGCAAGCGCAAGGAGCAGGAGCAACAGAAGGAGCGGGCCCUGCAGCCUAAGAAGCAGCGCCUGGUCUUCACCGACCUGCAGCGCCGCACGCUCAUCGCCAUCUUCAAAGAGAACAAGCGGCCGUCCAAGGAGAUGCAGGUGACCAUCUCGCAGCAGCUGGGGUUGGAGCUCAACACCGUCAGCAACUUCUUCAUGAACGCGCGGCGCCGCUGCAUGAACCGCUGGGCCGAGGAGCCGGGCGCUACCACCGCCGGGGGCCCCACGGGCGCCCCGGCCACCUUCUCCAAGGCCUGA